AUGGCGGGCACUCUGGCUCUGCUACCAAGCAAUCCUCCGAUGACUUCAUCGUCUCUGAGCUCCAUCCGAGAGCGCUGGGAGAUCGAGUUCUCUCGCUUCUUCGGCUACCCUCCGCUCACCUCCACGUGUCCAGAUCUCGUCCCUCUCCCAAUGAAGAUCAGGAAUCGACGGUCGGGUGGUAACUGGAUCUCCGCCGCCUCCGCCGCCAUGCUUCAGCUCAUCUACGACCACUCCAGCUCUGACGUCAUCCUCACCGUUUGCUGCAGCGGAAAGAUCCAGGAGGAGCACUACGUAUCGAAGCUACUCUUUGCCUGGCCUCAGGUGGCAUGUAUGUCUGGAUUUCCUGCUAGGGGCAGUAGAGCUGUCUUUGCCAGCUACAGAGAUUCUUUGGGCCAGAUCCAGAAAUUUGCUUUUCGAUUUUUGUCUGUCAAUGAAGCAGAGAAGUUCAUGACUCUUAUGAAGGAGAUUUUCAAGGAAGUGAGGGACAUUCAACCUCUUACUGCUGACUAUGGAUCGGAAAUUUCAUCACAUUCUGAGUUCAUGUCUUCUGAUAGACCUUUAAACAGAACUUCCAAGGACUUGGUUGUCAUGACUCCUGGUCACACUCAUUCUCCUCAAAUAUCACCAAGCUUAAUGAAGGCUUAUACUCCACAAACCUCACCUGGCUUAAUGAAGGAUUAUUCACCUCAAAUGCCACCAAGCUGGACUCAUGAAGCAGCUCAAUACAGACAAACUCAGCACAUGUCCCCUAUUCAGAACGUUCAGAGCAAUUUUGCUGCCUUGCCUCCCAGUUUCACCUCAUUAAUGUCUAACUGUCAACCUGUGGUAGAACAAGCUCCAGCCCAAUCAACUGCAUCCAAGGAAGUUGACCUCAAGGCCCUAAUUGCGAGAUGUAUGGAAGACUCUUCCUUCCAAGAUAUAUUGAACCAAGUCGAGAUAGUUAUGAGUGAAAUGGGGGCUGAUUUGAGGCUGUAGUUGUCAUGCAUGUACCUGUAUCAUCUAUGGCGGUCAACAUCACUUCUAUGCCCACUUCCCAGCCAGGAGAGUCUUAGGCUCUUCGCCACCUACAUAACUUUGUUCAUCCUGAAUUGUUCCCCGUCUCUCUUAUUUCAAAUCUUAUACUUUAGUAGUUAAGUUCCCUUAUAUUAGGGUUUUAUAGCUAAGUGGAUUCCUGG